GAAUGACGCUUUAUUUACAAGUCAUUCGGAUUGUUGCUGUGCUGUAAGUGUCCUGACGUGCAGCCAAGCAUAUGACAUUGCUUAGGAGAGUUUACAGAAGCAUGAAUACUUCACUGUACGACCGAUCUGUCUGAUCUGAUACAAAAAACAAAAAAUGAAAAAAAAAUGGAGCUGCAUUUGGAGCGAUGCCACCGCUUUCCUAUGCUGGGAUGUAGGGAGAAACUUUGGGAGGUGAUCACAGCGGCUGUCUUUUACCAACUGCGACAACACCUUCUGAGGCUGAAAACUGCGUUGGAUGCGAUCUCGGGAUCCGAAAAAGACCUGCAUAUCUCGCGAGAGCUCCGGCUCGCUGUGGCUGUGCAGCAGACAGAGGGAGAAGGCAGGCAGGCAGCAUCAUGGCGGACAGAGACAGUGGAAGUGAGCAGGGAGGAGCAGCUACGGGCCCAGGCUUCGGUUCCAUGCACCUAGCGACAGGAGGGGCGGGCUCGGCCUCCGGGCUCCAGCAUGAGACCCAAGAGCUGGCGUCGAAGAGGGUUGACAUCCAAAACAAACGUUUCUAUUUGGACGUUAAGCAGAACGCGAAAGGCCGCUUCUUAAAGAUAGCAGAAGUCGGGGCCGGUGGAAACAAGAGCCGCCUCACUCUCUCCAUGUCCGUGGCGGUUGAGUUCCGUGACUACUUGGGGGACUUCAUCGAACAUUAUGCCCAGCUGGGUCCGAGCAACCCGGGGAUGGUACAAGACGAGCCCAGGCGAGCCCUCAAAAGCGAGUUCUUGGUCCGAGAAAAUCGGAAAUACUAUAUGGAUCUGAAAGAGAACCAGCGGGGACGGUUUCUGAGGAUUCGACAGACCGUUAACCGGGGGCCCGGUUUGGGAUUCACGCAAGGCCAGACGAUUGCUCUGCCUGCCCAGGGACUUAUUGAGUUUCGUGACGCUUUGGCUAAACUUAUUGACGAUUAUGGUGUAGAGGACGAACCUGCAGAGUUGCCCGAAGGGUCAUCGUUGACUGUGGACAACAAACGGUUUUUCUUCGACGUCGGAUCCAAUAAGUACGGUGUGUUUAUGAGGGUAAGCGAGGUGAAGCCAACGUACCGCAACUCAAUUACAGUGCCCUACAAAGUGUGGUCCAAAUUUGGGAAUACUUUCUGUAAAUAUGCCGAGGAGAUGAAGAAGAUCCAGGAGAAACAGCGGGAGAAAAGGGCAUGCGAGCUGCAGCAACAAGAGGAGAUGCAGCAGGACGAUGGAGACGAGGAUUGAUAUAGACAGCAAACAAAAAAAGAAAAAAGAGAGAGAGAGAGGAAAAACAUGCCAGAGUAAUGAAAAUAACAAGAGAAUUAUAAUUAAAAAGAAAACACUCUACUGUAUAAUGAAAGAAAUCUAAAGAUUUAACUGUAUUGGUUUAACCAAGGGAGCAUCACCCACAAUAUAAGAAACCUCCACGACCUGACAGUUAUGACAUGUUGUCACUCAUCGCUGGAUGUUACCCCACUUAACCACCAUUAAUACAGUAACAGGCUGCUAAACAAAGUAAUAACAUUAUAUUUGAACAUUGUUUCCUACUUGACAAACGAUAUUGAACUGUUUAUUUCCCUUAUUAACAGAAAACUUUUGUACCAGUUAAAGCUAUUGUAAAGAGGAGAGGAAAAAAAAAGUGUUUGCAAUGUUCAAAUUGAAUUAUUGCCGAGUUCAAAGGAGAGACAAAAAAAAGUUUCCUUCUCAUGUGAGUUAAAUGACUUCAGCACAAAUCAGAUGUUUUAAUUUUUAAACCAAAAUUCCAAAACUUUGUAAAAGGUUGUCACAUGUACUUGCCAUCCUAUUUACCUUUACCUGUGAGUAGAGAGGUGUUUACACAUAAAUCAUAUGAGGGCUAGGCCUGCUUCGGAAACUGAUAAGAUUUCAUGCAGUACAUAUAUAUAUAUAUUAAAAAAAAACAAAACAAAGGAACGUGUAGGCAUUUUCAUGAAAUGAAAUAAGUGCUCUAUUUAUUGUGCAAUAUGCAUUGCAUAUAAGGAACUGGUCAUUGGAUCUUGACAUUUGCCAGAGGCAUUCAAAGAUAUAUUAAUAUUGUAACUUUUGUUUCAGUUGAAAUUGUUGCCAUGCAGAUGGAUAUAUAAUAGACUACCUUUGUGUCUCGUUGUUAAUGCAAUGUGUUCAGUUUAAAGGUACUAAAUGUGUAUUUGAUAGAGGAAAUGCAGAGACAACAUGUAGCAAAUGGCCUGAACUGCAGAUUAUUUAACAAGGCAAAAGACCCUGAAUAUACUGUGUUGAUUGGCAUAGUAAAAACCGGAAGAGCGCAAUCGGUUAGUACAUAUGAAACAAACUUUUUGUGAUCUUGUUUAGUCAUAAAAGUCUAAAUGGUGCCAAGGAGUGCUGUUGCUGCAUGUUUAUCUGCACUACGAUUUCGUUGGUCUCCCAAAAUAUUGGCUCAAAGACCCUUCCAUACGUAUCUUUAUCUGCCUAUGUUGUAUGAAUCUCAAGUUCGAGGACUGGGGGGGGGAUUACCAUCCAAAAGGCUCGGUGUAGUUCUAGUGGAAGUUGUUUCAAAGCAUGAUUGUAAAAGCAGCGACCUUGUGAACAGUAAUCGAAAUGUCACCAUCACACUAUGAGGACGGCCACUGAGGCGCUUGCCUGGCUUAGCCGAGGUGAAGACGGCCUGGUUCACCUGUUGGUGAAUGUCUGUUAUGUCAUUGGAUGUGCACAUUCCUUUCUUGCGUUUUAAGAUCUGAGGGUGUGAAGUUCAGUGUGGGGCUACUUUGGAUACAUUCUCAUAGCUCUGCUUUAGAUUUGUAAGCCCAAAUACCCACCUGGGGUGAUGAGAUUCUGUUCUGGUCUAAUUGUAAAUAUUUGGGCUGCCACACGGAAAACAACUGGUUCUAAUCCAGUUCAGUCGCAUCUCAUAGAUGUGUGAUAGCAGUUUUAUAAACUCUGUCAGUAAACUCCAGAGAAACUGGCAACAAUCAGAUACUGUCAGAUUUACCUCAGCAUUGAAUUAAAUGAUUGCUCCCAUGUUUAGAUUGACUGGAAACCAGCAAACUAGACUGUCCUUGACCACCUAUUUUUGGAGCCUUUGGUAUAGCCUAAAUGAUACCUGAUUGGGAGCAUCCUCUUCAGCAUAUAAACAACCUGGUGCCUUACACACUCCGCAUGCUUACACGCUGGCCUGGUGCUUUGGAUCGCAGUUAUGGCUUCUUUUUGUUUUCUUCUUCUUCUUCUUCUUCUUCUUCUUCUACUUCUUUUUUUCAAAUCUCCUCUUUCUUCUGUUUCUUGUGUCUCAGCCCCCUUGUGUGCUAGCGCACGACUCGUGGUGCUAAAAGGGUUUGUUACAAACUCUUUAGAAAAAUAGGAGCAGAAUUCUGAACUUUUUUCUGCUACCUUUCAGCUCCCCCCCCCCGACUUUAUUGCCAUCCCCAUUGCCUAGCCAUCCAGGUAUCGGCCUACAUGUAAACAUGGAAGGGGGUGGUCACCUAGAUGCAAGAUGAUGCAGAAGAGAUGGCUCUUCACCAGCCAUGUGCAUUAGCAGGGAGAGCAGGGGCUGAUUGGGAACAUCAGUAGUGGCCUGAAAUGGUAUCAGUUGUUACGGGAAAGCCCCACCCACCCCUUAAAAUGCUUGUUUUAUGGCUUGGGUUAGUUAUGUGUAAGUUGUAAGUUGCUCAAUUAAUGGGGAGUAGCAAGCAUGUCUUGUUUUGUUUUGUGGGUUUUUUUUGUUGUUUUGUUUGUUUUUGUUUUUAUGUAGUUUUACCUUUUCAGCAUUAUUCCACAUUAUUUGUAAUUUUGGAAUGUUUUUGCCCACAAAAAUAUCGUUUUGUUUUUUUUUCCUUUCUGUGCAACAUUUCAUCACUGUGUGCAAUAUCAUAUGUGCCAAUGGUGGCAAUAUAUGUAUAUCAAUUAAAUAUAUGAUUACUAUUUGAAAGCAUAUGGCUGAAUUCCAUGUUUAUUUCUCAUGAAGGAAUUGUACGCCUUUAUUUGCACACAAAGCUCCAUCCUGGAGGAAAAUAUAGUAAACCAAGGUCUUAGCAGCCUGUUGAGUCAAGCAGUUCACGUACUUACUUUAACUUGAAAUCGAACAUUGUCCCUGCAAGUAUGCCCCUCUCAAGGAAAAGGGUAAACUUGGCUAAUGGUUUGUUCAAGGUAGACUGUAAACAUACAAUGGAGUUGUUUUUUUUUGUUGUUUCUUUGUUUUUUCUUUCUUUUUUUUUGUGAAAAGGAAAAUUUAAAAAGAAGAAAAAAAAAUCCCUGGAAUCUCCAUUUUAGCUUUAAGCUAAGAAAAGGUGCUUCAGUCCAAUCCUCAUUAAGGUGUAUGGUGAACUGUCUUCAGUGGUUGUUGUGUGUAGCACUUUGCUUUCCCAGGUUAAUGAAAUGCCUGACCAAUACUUGUUUAAAAAUGAUCUCAACAAAGAAUGUUGUUCUCUUUUCUGUUACCUCUUUUUAUUUAAAAAAUGAGGUUAUUUGAUUUGCUCAUUUGGUUUUUGAUGCAUUAAAUAUAAUUUAUGUACAUUUGACAAAUUAUUAAAAAAAAGAAUAAAUUUAAUUUACCCAUGAGGGGGAAAAAAAUCUAUAUUCAAAAUGUAUGUGUUUUUCAUGUUUCAUUUCUUGUUGUGGGAUGGGGGUGGGGGAAAUCACUGAAAAGUCUGUUUAAUUUUUAUGUAGUGCUGUCUACAAUGUCUGAUUAUACAUUUGCAAUGAUACUAAUUGCUAAAGCUUAAUUUUACAGCCUAUAAAAUGCAAAUUUUGCAAUGGCGAGUACCUGAUGACUCAUGUCUUCUUAGAGAUUUCUACAAUAGUACUGUAUGUGUAAAACCAGGCUGUAAAAUAAAGCGUUACUUUGUUCUCUGACUAUCCCGACUAUGCAAUUUGUGAUCAUCUGUAUGCAACAAUUGCUCUUCUGUGAGUCUUUCUGUUAAUCUAAAAACUAAAGAAAUUAGACUUUAUUGAUCGUGACCCAACAGAACCUGCACAUGUUUUAAGUUACAUUUUUUUAAUGAUUGUUUUUCUUUCUUAUUUUUUUUUCUUUUUUAAUACGUUUGGUGUCGGAUUUAAGCUAAAAAUCAAAGUUUAAAAAAGAGCUUAAAAAAGUUGCUUCCAAAUGUUUUUAGGAUGCGUCUCACUAUUCUUGAGUUUAUAGCUAUUUAUAAGUAAAACUGAU